CGUGUUGCAGACCCCUGCAUACCAGGAGCAAACAAGGCGCCUUACAGUCCUUUCAAGUUGCACUUGCUGGCGGUCCGAUGCAACGUCGCUAUCGUGUGAGGAUGAUCACCAUCCCGGCCACUUUUCUUACAAGCAACAGAUAACAAUUGCAUAUAAAGCAAGCCGCAUCGCUCUUGAUGCUGACAAAAUGCGUCCUUUCACAAGCUCAAGGUCACUCGCAUGCACAAAGCUUUUGCUACUUUGACGGACGAAAGCUACCAAGUCUUCACCAUGUUUGUCCUGAUAAAGCAACAUACCAUCUCUGUUACUUCAAUUGGCCAUCUAAUUACACACGACCAGCCAAUGUCGAUGUGGACACGCUAGUCGACCAUUACAAGCACCCUGGGCAAAUCUUGAUUUGUGGCGGGAAUACGCCUGACUGGGUUACAGAGGCCUGCUACUGGUUUGACAGGAGAUUCUUCGCAUGCGGCAACAGAACUACUCCAUUCUAUAACGUCCGUGUCACAUUGUCGGAAGAGAGGGUCAACGUCGGCAGUCUAGACCUCAAGACGCAGGUCUACGAUUUCCUUCCAAAGCGACAUUAUAACGGCGCAAGCAAUGGUAUUUACUACAUGACACACCUUGAUUCUUGUUGGCAGGAAGGAGAAGCAGGCGACAACGCAGUUCGUGUCGCAUACGAGGGCUACUGGGGCGCCCUUGACAAUUACAUGAUCAAGGACAAACCUAUUAUGAAAGAUGAAGAGGCAGUCGGUAUGUGGCUCAGGGAGGCGAUCAUCGGUGCAUUGGAAGGAAUCAGGAACAAAGACAAAGUGAGGUAUUGGCAGUACAACGCCUGUCAAGUCGGAAGCCUGGCUCCGAAUUUUCAGCCAGUAGCAUGCGUAUCGGAGCUAGUCGAUUGUCCUAGUGCUGUCGAGUUUGGUUGCGGCUACACUACUCUUGAGAACCUACAGACUGGGCAGGACUCUCCGAGACCUCGUUGCCCGAGCGAUUGUGAUCGUGUAGGUCCGUGCCUCAAGGGAGUCCCAGGUUAUAAAUUACCACAAAGCAUCACAGCCGAGAUCUACGACCGCGACGAGACCAAGUCCGAUCGCUUGACUGUUACGUUUGAGUCUAAACAGAACCAGGAUGGAUGUUCUCGUGUUGAGAAGAUUUUCAUGGUCAUGCCUUACUUUAUUCCGAUUUCAACGAUUGGAAUUUUUAUUGGCAAUAUCAUUCAACUCGAUUGUAUGGUGAGAGGCACCAAGAAGCAACACCGUGGGACGCAUUUGUGAACUAGGUACUUUACCAAUAUCAUUAUCUUUAGGUUGUCAAACGUUCGAAACGUUGGUGGUGCUCUGAGUUAUCUCUUGCCCCUGAAAAUUUACAGGGUCUCCGCCCUCCAAAAUUUCCAUGCCGUCAGCUGCGGACCAAUGAUCACUUGUGACGAUGAUCAUCUCCA